ACUCAGAUAGGAUUGGGUCUUUGAAAACAAUCCACUUCCUUAUUGCUCAUGUGAUUUGUGUUUAUGAUAUCACAGAGAAGAUUUGACAGUUUGUGGAUUAUUGGACCCUAUAUUUUACCUUAGCUUUUAGCUAACAUUAUACAGAAGAUUCUCGUCAUGUCCAGCAGUUACCAGAUAGUGGUACAGGGCGAGGCCUCUGAGACAGACUCCGAUGAUGAAGUCUACAUCACCUCCAUGACUGCUCCCCAAACUGCCACCGUGGGAGCAAAGGUUCCUGGGGAGGCAUCUGAAACAGACAGUGAGGGUGAGGAGGAGCAGCCGGGCAGAUCCUCCUCUCUGAGCCAGGAGAGCACUCAGAUCCUCAGGAGAGACCUCCCUCCUCUUAUCGUAGUUAGAGACAAUCCUGAUAUUCAGUCGAUAGUGGAAGACAGGCCCAGUCCCACACACAGGCCACAAGGUGACACCCUCUUACAACAAAAGCUGCAGGAAUCUAACAGCCGGCUGUAUUCUGAUGUGGGACAGACACUACGACAUGGCUAUGGCAGUGCCAGUAGAGAGGUGCAAAGUGCAACCUCUCAGCUGAAUACUUCGCAGAGCGCCAUCAUCAAUGCCUCCCACAGCAUCAGAUUAAUCCUGGAUGACCUAAAGGCGGUGUCCGAGAAGAUUGACAUCAUUACCAGCUGUCAAAUACUGCCAGAUAUUAAUAUCAACAAUCAAAACAAUUAUACUACUCCUAUAUCUUAAACAAAUGAAAAUAUAUAUUUAAAAUGUUAUUGUCAUAAAGCCUGUCUUUUUAAUUAACAGCUACCCACUUUCUGUUUUGAGCUCAUGGAAAUGUUUUGUUUCUGUUUUUUCCCUUUAUUAUUUGACAAUAUUUAUUUAACACAUUAUGUUUUUAACACUUUUUUCUGAACCCCGUUGGUUCAUUGAUGUGGCCUUGAAUAAAAAAAAGUGCUGGUGAUUAAAAACAA